AUUUUCACUUAAGCCAGAUACUGUGGUGAGACGUAGUUAUGUUUUGUGUAAUGUGGUUUUCAUUGAACCACUGUAUUGUUAUGAUCCAUUUCAUGGAUGAAAUCCAGAUGGAAAUUCAAUGUUUAUAUCCCUUCGUUGGUGGAUUCUCUCAGUUCCCCCUUCAAUCUGAAGAACCCACCAUUACCAACUUCUCAAAACCCAUUUUCUGCACCAACCUCAGCUUCUCUUCUCUCCCUUUGCGGCAGAGAUGGAAACCUUCGCCUUGGUUCUUCCAUCCAUGCCCAUCUCAUCAAACAACCUCAAUCAUUCGAUUUUGAUAGGUUCCCACGUAAUGCCCUUUUUGUUUGGAACUCUCUCUUGUCGAUGUACUCGAAAUGUGGUGAACUGCAGGAUGCCCUUAAGGUGUUUGAUCGAAUGCCCGUGAGAGAUACGGUGUCAUGGAACACUAUGAUUUCUGGGUUUUUAAGAAACAGGGAUUUUGAUUCGGGUUUAAUGUUCUUUAAGAAGCAAAGGAGUGAGUCAGGGACAGGGUGUUGUGGAUUUGAUAAAGCAACUCUGACUACAGUGCUGUCAGCUUGUGAUGGAGCUGGAUUCUCUAGUUUAACCAAAAUGAUCCAUGGUUUGGUGUUUCUUGGUGGCUUUGAGAAGGAAAUUACGGUGGGAAAUGCUCUCAUAACUUCAUACUUUAAGUGUGGGUGUUUUAGUGAAUGGAGGCAGGUUUUUGAUGAGAUGCUUGAGAGGAAUGUUGUGACUUGGACAGCAGUGAUUUCUGGCCUUGCGCAAAAUGAAUUUUAUGAGGAUAGUUUGAAUUUGUUUGCUCAAAUGCGUUGCGGGGCAGUGAGUCCUAAUAUUUUGACCUAUUUGAGCUCACUUAUGGCUUGUUCAGGUUUACAGGCACUGAGGGAAGGUUGUAAAAUUCAUGCCCUGCUUUGGAAGUUAGGAAUGCAGUCGGAUUUAUGCAUUGAAAGUGCUUUGAUGGAUUUUUAUUCAAAGUGCGGAAGUUUAGAAGAAGCAUGGAAAAUUUUUGAGUCUGCGGAGGAGCUAGAUGAAAUUUCCUUAACUGUAAUCCUUGUAGCCUUUGCUCAAAAUGGAUUUGAGGAGGAGGCUAUCCAGAUAUUCAUGAGAAUGUUGAAAUUGGGUAUUGAAGUGGAUCCCAACAUGGUUUCUGCUAUUCUUGGCGUAUUUGGUAUUGACACGUCUUUGUCUCUUGGUAAGCAGAUUCACUCUUUGGUUAUUAAGAAGAACUUCAUUCAGAAUCCUUUUGUAAGUAAUGGCCUUGUAAACAUGUAUUCCAAGUGCGGUGAUUUGAAUGACUCACUCCAAGUCUUUCACGGAAUGAGUCAAAAGAACUCGGUUUCAUGGAACUCUAUUAUUGCGGCUUUCGCUCGCCAUGGAGAUGGUUUUAGAGCACUUGAAUUUUAUGAAGAGAUGAGAAUGGAGGGUGUAGCACCAACAGAUGUUACAUUUUUGUCACUACUACACGCGUGCAGCCAUGCAGGCUUUGUCGACAAGGGCAUGGAGUUCUUAGAAUCCAUGACUAGAGAUCACAGCAUAAGUCCUCGCUCGGAACAUUACGCCUGUGUUGUUGACAUGUUGGGCAGGGCAGGACUUCUUGAGGAAGCUAAAAAGUUCAUUGAGGGAUUCCCUGAGAAUCCGGGUGUACUAAUUUGGCAAGCAUUGCUUGGUGCUUGUAGCAUCCAUGGUGAUUCUGAGAUGGGUAAAUAUGCCGCGGAUCAAUUAUUUUUAGCUACACCAGAGAGGCCAGCUCCUUAUGUUUUGAUGGCAAACAUAUACUCCAUUGAAGGGAAAUGGAAAGAAAGAGCAGGUGCCAUUAAGAGAAUGAAAGAGAUGGGAGUAGCAAAGGAAGUAGGCAUAAGUUGCAUUGAGAUUGAUAAGAAGGUUAACAGUUUCGUUGUUGGGGACAAGUUGCAUCCAAAAGCUGACAUUAUAUACUGGGUUUUGUGUGGGUUAUUGGAACACCUGAAAGAUGAAGGUUAUCUACCUGAUAAAAAGUGUAUUCUCUAUUACUUGGGCCAAGAAAAAAAGGAUUAUUAGCUUCUUUUAUUCUCACCAUUGAAUUUCUAUUCUCCGUUCAUUCCGAGGAAGCAAGCAAGAAGAAUUAGUUACAGUUGCAGUUGCAGAAGCAGAGAUGUUCCUCUUUCCACUGCUUCAGCUUAUGCAGUUCUUGGACUUCAACCUGAUUGCUCCACCACCGAGAUCAAAGCUGCUUUUCGAUCCAAAGUUAAGCAGUUCCAUCCAGAUGUUAACAAAGACGGUGAUUCCAUGAUUCGCCGUGUAAUUGAGGCGUACCAGAUACUUUCCAACUGCACCCGAUCAGAAAUUAUUGAAAGGGAAUGCUUAGAUCCAUUUGAUGCACCAGAGUGUGAAGCUUUUGAUAUUUUUGUUAAUGAGCUUCUCUGUGUUGGCAAAGCAUGUUCAAGUUCAUGUGUGCAAAGAGCACCUCAUGCAUUUUCGUUUGUCUCUUCAACUGGAACAGCGCGUGCAUCUUCUCAAGGUCAUGGUGAUGAUUAUCAAGUUCAAUGUGCUGUCGGACAAUGCCCUAGAAAUUGCAUUCAUUACGUUACCCCAUCACAAAGAAUUCUCUUGGAGGAGCUACUUGACAGUAUACUAGAAGCACCCUACGAUAUAUCGGCUGAGGCAGACUUACUUUACUCACUUAUCACUAAAGCUAAGUUUGAGAAUAACCGAUUUCAAAAACCUAAGAAGCAACCCAAAACCUCAACCCAGCAUGUUGAGUGGUUUUAAAUUUCAGCAGCAACUCUGUCUAGGGUGUGAUUAUGAGUUGAGCUCUUGAAGGGAAAGGGAACGAGAAAGAAGAGAGACUUCAAAGAGUAGAAAGCAUUCUCAUUCCGCUUCUUCCUUUCAAGAUUCCAACUUGCAAAUGCAUUUUCAUUCCCCUAAGCUAUGAGUCUAUCAGUCUAUGACAGUGGAUUUGGUUAUAGUUGAUUCGUCUCAAAUAGUGAAUACUACUACUACCGAUAGAAGGCAUUAGUUCUGAUUAUUUCUAUAUUCAUAUUAAUAAUACAAUUGGGCAUAAAACUUGAGACGAGCA